AUGGUUCUUGCGUUUAGAGAACGGAUGCUCCAAAAGAAGUUUUUUGCGGCAAAAAGGCUGCUGUUCCACCGCGCCGUGCUCAUGUCCGGGUCGGCGCUGAGCCCCGGGUCGCUGGUGGGCGACCCGCUGGCCUACGCGCACCAGGUCGCCCGGCACGUCAACUGCUCCACCGAGCUGCCCGGGCCCUACCUGCUGGCGUGCCUGCGCGAGCGCCCUCUGCACGCCCUGCUCUCCACGCCCCUCGACCCGCCUGACUUCACCUGGGCCUUCGGGCCCUCCGUCGACGGCGUGGUCGUGGACGCGGGCGAGGCGCCGCCCGCCCAGGGCCCCGCGUCGCCGCCCGGCCCGCCCGAGCCCGCCCAGUACGAGCACUUCAAGGCGGCGGGGCAGGCGGCCGCGGUGCAGGCGGCGGGGGCAGCCGGAUCGCGGGCCGCGGGCGGCUCGCUGGCGGGGCCGGGCGCGGGCGGCGGCUUCUCGUCGCUGUCGGAGCUGCUGGCGCGCAAGGCUGUGGCCGCCAAGCUCGGCCGCUACGACCUGCUGCUCGGCGUGGUGCGCGCCGAGGCCUUCCUCUCCUUCUCCUCGGCCGACGAGCAGUUCGGCCUCGAGGCGGACCGGCGCUCGCGCAUACUGCGCGCCUUCGUCCGCAACACGUUAAGCUUCCACCGCGCCGAGAUUCUGGCCACGAUCCUCAACGAGUACACGGACUGGGAGCGGCCCGUGCAGCACCCGGUCAACCUGCGCGACGAGACGCUGGAAGCGCUCUCCGACGCGCGGGUCGUGGCGCCCGCCGUGCUCACGGCCGACCUGCACGCCGCCGUCACCGCCAACCGCUCUUUCGUCUACGUCUUCGACUACCAGACCAAGUAUGGCGACUACCAGCAGCGCCAGGGCUGCAUUCACGGUGAGGACCUCCCCUACGUGCUCGGCGCGCCGCUGGCCGGCAGCGAGGGACUCUCCUUCUUCUCCAACAACUACACCAAGCAAGAGGGCCUGCUCUCCGAGGCCGUCAUGACCUACUGGACCAACUUCGCCCGCACCGGGACGCCGAGCGACCCCGUGGAGGAGACUGGCAGAGGCCGGGCGGAGCGCAGUCGGUACCGGAACCUGGAGUGGCCCGCCUACGAGCCCGUCCACAAGAAGUACCUGCACCUUGACCUGAAGCCGCGCGUCAAGACGCACUACCGCGCGCACCGCCUGUCCUUCUGGCUGCACCUGGUGCCCGAGCUGCACCGGCCGGGCGGCGACGGCGUGCCCCCGCAGCACCACCAGCUCGCCGACGAGGAGGGCGACCGGGGCGGCGCGGCCAACGCCACCGGAAGGACGACGGCCUCCAACGCCAGGACGCCGCUCCUCGGCGGCAGCUCGACGGCGGUGACUUCCGCCCCGGCCGUGACCCUGGUGCCGGCAGGCGGCGCUGUCCAGGGCGGCGCCGGCCAGGCCCCCGCGCCCGGCCCCGCAGACGGCGUCGGCGUCGUCGGGGCGGCCGGCGGCGGCAGCGACGGCUUGCCACCGGAACCGGACGGGUUCGCGGCGUACUCGACCGCGCUGUCGGCCACGGUGGCCAUCGGCUGCACCCUGCUCCUCCUCAACAUGCUCGUCUUUGCCUGCGUCUUCAGGCAGCGCGACAAGCACCGGGAGGGUCGCGGGGACAGCCGCUCCAGCAGCGACGGCGGCAGCUCGGGCACGCUCAAGAAGAGGGCGGAGAACGGCCAGAUACACGCCAGCGUCUGCGGCUCUGACCAUCUGCAGAUCAUCCCCGGCGGGCUGCAGACGGUGACCUCCGUGGCGCACCACAACCCCUACCACCACCACAACCACACGCUGCAGCUGGGCGCCCACCUGCCGCCGCCCGACGUGGCCGACCUGCCGCGGGCCUACGCCACGCUGCCGCACCCCGCGCCCCACGCCCAGCCGCCGCCCCAGCAGCAGCAGCAACAGCACAUGCAGCAGCAUCAACAACAACAGCAGCAACAACAACAGCAGCAGCAACAGCAGCAGCAGCAGCAGCAGCAGCAGCAGCAGCAACAGCACCACCAGCAACAGCAUGUACAGCACGCGGAGCAGGCGGCCGGGGCGCUGUCGAGCACGAGCACGCUGACGCGCCAGCAGGUGAAGGCGCCCAAGGUCCCCGUCAAGUCGUCCACGCUCUCGGCCGAGUCGGAGCGGUACCAACACCAACAGCAGCAGCAGCAGCAGCAGCAGCAACAGCAACAGCAACAACAACAUCACCACCACCACCACCAUCUGCAGACCCUGGACUCGGCGGGACUGGGCCAGGGGAUGGGCAUGGGCACGCUCAAGAAACGUAACACGGACGCCCAUGCGCAGUCCAUGCAGCGAAUGGACGAGUUCAGGGUCUGACGAUCGCCGUCCUCGGCGGACUACGACCAGACGUCUGCCGGGUACAGCGAACACAGCCAAAACACGCACUUCUAGUUGUGCUCGCUCCCUCCUCUUUUCCUUGUGGUGCAGUCAGCGUCAGUAGCAAAGGAAUCUCCGGCUCGGGGAGUCACGACUAGAAAAAGUCUGUUCGACAAAAGGAUGCUAGUUUCACCUCAUCGGCACUGUGCAUAGUGAUAAUUUUUCCUACCGAUUACCCCAGUUUGGGAAAAGAAAGAAGUGGAGCUCCGUGUGACUCAAUGGACCAAGUAACGGGGAAAAAAUUAGUGGAUUGGUGUCCAAACAAAAUAGGGCUGAUAAUCUGUCAUCAGUCAAAAUUGUUGUUGUCAUUGCUCCUACCAACCACUGCAGUCUGUGAUAAAGGGUCUGUUCCUCUGAAAAGGAACAGACCCAAAAUUUAUUAAGAUGAUUAAGUUUUUAACAUUAUGUGCAAUAUACUUUAGUAUAGUUCUGUUGUUGGUGUGAUAUUGAAAAAGUUAUGUUUCAUAGUAGUCAAUUUUUCAUCAUCUGUUCACGAUACCAAUAGUACUUGGUUGUUUGGUUUUCAUCUCUACUUUUUGGGAAUGUGUGAAAAUAAACUGAAUUCAUACUUGCUGGCCCUACCACAUAUUUGUAAAGGUUUUGGACAUUGGUCCCUUGAGAAAUGUGAUUUUUGUACUGCCAAAAGUUUUGUAAAACAGAAACAAUUUCACAUGUAUUUGUUCCUAAUGCAGCUGUAUGAACAAAACCACUACGAACAACACAUAGUUAAUUUAAAAUGGACAUUCAAAAUCAUUUUCAUAAUCCUGACAAAUCAGGUUGUUUUUUGUUGUUUUUUUGAGCGUAUAAUUAUAAUAUACUAACACUUUGACCUAUCAUGCAAAGGAUUCAAAGAAACCAAAAGAACUGUAUUUUUUGUGAUAAUAAAAAAGUAAAUAAAAUGUCUUGGAGCAUA